AGGUAAUCUUGGAUCCCGCCGUCGUGCACCAUGGCCCAAGCUCGACGCCGUUCAACCCGCGGAAAGAAAUCAGAGGUAGUGGAAGAAACGCCUGCGUCCCCGUCGAAUUCUGUACAAGAACCCGAAGUAAAAGAGGAGCAUAAGGGAAAAUCCGAGGCGGCGACCGAAGAAACAUGUCCUUCUUGUCCCAAGGACGUCUCCGGAGAUACCAGCCUUGACAAGAACAACUGGAUUCGCUGCGAUGCUUGCAAAGUUUGGUAUCACUGGGGUUGUGCAGGAAAUGGCGAGGAUUCCGCCUCUAUAGACAAAUGGUAUUGUACACCAUGCCUGCAAGCAGAUCCCAAGCGCGCCAUUACGCAGAAAGCCCCAGCACGCAAGUCUGACCGGAAGCGAGCGCCGAGAGAUUACGCUGGGCUGAAUUCCAGUGGGAUGGAAAUGGACCCAACGAGAUGGGUGAGGAUGAUGGACGGCAAGCACAUCAAGCCAGACCAAUUCAAGAGGAUAAAAGGUGCAGAUGUUGGACUGGAAUGGCUGCAGGAUGAUGAAAAUGCAAUGUUGGAGCCCAUUAUCAUCGAGAAACCAGAUGGACUGGGUAUGAAAAUGCCGCCUAGUGACUUUACCGUCGAGGACGUUGUGGAAGACGUCGGUGAUGAUGUUCCUGUGGAGGUCAUAGAUGUUGCAACACAAUCCGCCUCUCCCGGGUGGAAUCUUGGAAAGUGGGCAGAUUAUUGGGCACUAGAGUCUAGCAAAAGGGAUAAAAUCAGAAAUGUGAUUUCUCUGGAGGUUUCUGGGACACCACUAGCCGACAGAAUACUUCCUCCCAGGCUGGUGAGAGAGCUAGAUUGGGUGGACAACUUUUGGCCAAGUACAAGGAAAGGAAAGGGCCACACCUAUCCUAAGGUCCAGCUAUACUGUUUAAUGGGCGUUGCUCAAGCGUGGACGGACUGGCAUAUCGAUUUCGCUGGAUCUUCCGUAUAUUAUCAUAUACUAAGUGGAUCUAAAGUCUUCUACUUUAUACGACCAACGCCUGCCAACCUCGCCGCGUAUGAAAAGUGGUCUGGGACUGAGAUUCAAAGUCAGACGUGGCUUGGUGAUAUGGUGGACGAAGUCGUCAAAGUUUCAUUAACAGCUGGAAAUACCAUGAUAAUACCAACCGGGUGGAUACAUGCAGUUCACACUCCGGAAGACACUCUUGUGUUUGGCGGAAACUUUCUACAUUCAUAUAACGUUGCUACCCAGCUCAGAGUGCGAGACAUUGAGAUUGCUACAUCAGUCCCCCGAAAGUUCCGAUUCCCGAUGUUUUCAAAACUCUGCUGGUAUGUUGGAGACAAAUAUUUACGAGAUCUCAAAGCGUCUCCAGGCAGCUCACUCCCGCCUCGUGUCGCAACUUCGGUGGCCUACUUGGCUGAUUUUCUUGUUUCUCAAGUGCGCAUAUUAGAGGGGGGCGAUGAGGCGGCCAAGAAAGAGGUCAAGGAGCAAAUACCACAUGAUCGCGUCAAAGACCCUGCAGCCGUUGCUCGAGAGCUGCGGUGGAGAGUGCGUAUAGCGACUGGUGUUACCAGCGAUGACGAGGACAGUGGAAAAGUGCCGAAUAUCCGUACCAAAAAUGGGGCAGGUACAAAGCGAAAACGGACGAUGUCGGAGGACCCCUCAGAAGGGUAUCCCGGUCCUGUACGUUUCAAAAAUUUCAAACCUAGGAAAUGGGACAGCAUCGAUGAGAAGACGGAAGAUGGUGAGAAUAGGGAAGUCAAGUGCCGACGACCGUUGGAUGAUGAGCCCGUUGAAAAAUGGACAGAAGCCGAGGGAGAAGACACGGCUGCUACGAAGCGACGGCGGCAGGUGCUGAUAAAAGUUCGAAGAACACGAGAUGGAUUGGAGCGAGAGGUGAUUGAACGAACGAUUGAAGAGUGGAAAUUUCAGUAGCAGAAUAUAAUCUGUGCCUUUACAUAUAAUAAAAUUAUUCGUAUC